GCCAUGCAGAGAAGAUUUUAAGAAAUAGUUCUUCCACAAAUCAAUGAAAAACAAAGAGUUUUUAUUUACUUUUCUAUUAAUAAGUGAACAACUGUUUAUUUUAUAUCUUCUAACAACAACUAUUAUUGCCGCAUGCUUUUAUAUCCUUUAAUAAGUUCCGAAUCUGAACCAUUCACCAAAAAACUAUGUAUGUGUUACUGUUAACUUUGACGCUGGCUGUUCUACACGUCAGCAAUGCCAGGAUUUCAGAGAUUCCAGCCCCUGAGCCACUGCAGGAGUGCUACCAAAGAGUAGAGACCGAGAAUGUUGAUUCUUAUAUUGGAAGUCUCUACAACUGGCACUGCGAACACAUGAUGUCCGGUAACUUAAGCUCAGAAAACACAGAAACCAGUGACCCUCAAGCCGCUGAGUACAUUAAACAAUUAUAUGAGAAAUCUUUAACUAUCGAAGCUGCCCCCGCAAGAAGAAAGCGUCAGUCCACAUUGCCCAGGUGUGUUAGGAAAGAGUACCGCAUGCUGACUCUAGAGGAGAGGACCAGAUAUCAUAACGCCAUCAAUACACUCAAGAGAGAUACGACGGUGAGGCCCAACAAAUAUGACGUCAUCGCUGCCUACCACACAGGCGUGAAUAAUGCAAGAGCUCAUGGUGGUCCAGGUUUUCUUGGCUGGCACAGAAUAUAUCUGAUGAUUUAUGAGACUGCUCUCCGGGAAGUCGACCCGACAGUCUGUGUACCAUACUGGGACUCGACUCUUGAAAGCCAACUGACGAAUCCAUCCUUAUCAUCUAUUUGGACGCCCGAGUUCCUCGGCACAACUCAAGGGGCCGUAGUGGCCGGCCCUUUCGCUAACUGGGUGCUGCCCAACAGAAGUCCGCUGAUUAGAAAUGUGGGCAUCGACGGAGAACCAGUGACCACAGCCGACGUUACGAAUAUUUUGUCGAGAAGCAGGUAUGAAGAAAUUGUAACAUCUCCAACUGUUCCCGCACGGUACGACAUUGAGUUACAGCACGGGUCUGUCCACGUUUACAUAAGCGGCGCCAUGAAUCGACUGGACACUGCAGCCUUUGACCCAGUGUUCUUCAUGCACCAUUCCUUCAUUGACUACAUCUUUGAGAGGUUCAGGGCAAAAAUGACCGGUGACCCUGCAGCCUAUCCUACAGUGCCUACAAACACCAGACAUGCGUCCACUGCUACCACUGGCCUGCCUGGCGGCUCCAGACAGAUUGACGGCUAUGCAGCCAGCCUGGCCAAUAGGGUCACUUAUGAACCAGUGCCAACAUGCUCUGCAGCGGCGCCUUCUUGUGGUGACAGGUUUCUAGUCUGCCAGACAAGCACUGGCCGCUGUCUUCCCACAACAAGAACCACAAGGGCCAGGCGUAAUGUGGACAACCCCAGCACACUUGACACUUGCGAGAACCCAACAUUCGGACAGGCCAUCCAGAACGACUACUGCUGCAGCAAGACCUGCGACACUAACCAGUGGGCGAUGAUCCCGGUCAGAGUGGUCAGCGUUAGGCCACCCAAGUUCCAGAACUACAGCAGUUACCCUGUUACUUCUGGCCAAUUGAACAGAGAACGAGAUAUCUACUUCCCCAAUUCAAACAGCCGUAUCCACAAGUAUAUUGGCGGUCGACUAGCCAAUCCUAAGACGUUUAAGAGAUGUACGAAGGACAGUCCCGCAGGCCAGGUGUUUGUCUAUUCAAACGGAAUCAAUUAUUCUGGUUACUAUAAGGAAUACGUCAUUGCUGACCACAGACAGGCGGUUUCAGUAUCCAUUGGAUUUGUGGGGAUGAAGAAACCUUCGCCAGGAGAUGGCGUGACUAAAGCUCUUCUUCGAGCCCAUGAUUCCUGUGGGCGUGUGUGCCGUGUUUUGUGCAAGGACCCUGCUAGUAAACAAUUCAAGGCAUGCUCCGGGGCGGUGGCCCUAAGUGAUCAGAAGCCACAUAUGUAUGGGGCUUCCUACGACGAUGCUGUUAUGGACUUAUUUGACUACGCUUCCGAUGGAGACUGCCCAAGAUAUAACACAGAUGAUUUCUAUAUAACAUUUUUCUGUGAUUAUCAUAACAAAUUCCCAUAUUCUCAUCAGAGAUCUUAUAACUAGCAGCUUACAUACACACAAGUGAUAUAGACAUGUGCAAGAAUUAAUGUCGAUCUCUUAAAUAAUGUCUAAAAUAAUGUAGAUUUCGUUGUAAUGCUCAAUAAAUCAUUGUACUAAGUAUACGUACAAAUGUGCUAUGUACACGAUAUGUUUGUGCUAUGAUAUUACAUUAUAGAUGCUUAUUAAUAUGAAACCAUAGAUUUAUAUAUUAGACUAGACUGGACAUGGAGAUUUGUUAACACUACAAAAAUGUCCUGAAAAUUUUUAAGAAAGUUGGAUCAAGGUGUUGUUUUGUAAAGUAGCUAAAAGAAGUGAAGUUUUUUUUUUCAACCCUAACCUAUUUAGCAUAUAAUUUAAUUUUUAGAUCUAGAUCUAGUAAUUGAACAUAAAAAAUAAGAGUCUCAUAAUUAUUAUUUUGCAACUUUUAGAUACAUAAUCUAGAAAGAUCUAGGUAAUCAAUCUAUUUAAAUAUACAUAAGAUGAUUUAAAUCAACAUAAAUUAUUUCCAUCUAGGAUUUUUGAAACAUUAUCUCAAUGGAAACAAACAGGAAAUAGCUUUGUUUCAUUUAUUUGCGUGAAUAUCCGAGAAAUGAUUUUGCAUUAUUUCUAAACUUUGAAACCUAAAGAUCAUUACAUUUCUAAGACAGAAAACAUUGAUUGGGGCGACUUCCCUUAGAGCCUGAAAAAAGAGUUUACGUACAUAACAAUUAUAUAUAGAUAGGUCUGUGAAUCGAACAGUCGCGAAUAAGAAUUUAUUUCCGGUUUCCAGUCUAGUAUAAUAUAUAUAUAAGUCUAUGUAUGAAACUCUGGGUGUUGACAUUUUUCUAAACUCUGAAACAUAAAGAGCAACAUUUGAAAAGACAAAGUUUUGAGUUUGAUCAACGGGAGGUGUAAAACUUAGUUUUUUAAAUUUACAUUUUCUUUUUGUUGAAAUGACUUUGAAUUUUAUGUAAAUAAAUUUGUUGUUCUUUAAUGAUAAAAUUGACGAAUUUUGAUUGAACUAUCAUUAUAGUUUAUCCGCAAAUGCAAAA